AUGACUUGGUGUAUAGGGUUUCUGUUCUCUUUCUUCUAUUUUUUGGUUUUGAAUUUUCACGAUUUGCAAUGGGGCCGCGAGGGUGAGUAUAGAAUUCGGUUGUGGCAAGGAGGGUAUGGGGACGCAAACCAGAGGAUUGACUACGUCUUCAAGGUGGUGCUGAUUGGAGACUCUGAGAAGUUUUCAAAGCAACGCCGGUGUGACACCAACGCCACUCACUUGUUCGUUCCCUCACUUCACAAUGCCUCCUCAAGACCACCAUUAGUCGCUGUUAGCGGAGGAGCAGGAAGAGACUGCAUACGAUUCCUCAGAGAAGCACUAUGGCGACAUGGAGGCGUCGUCGUUCUCAUGGCAGAAGCUGUGGUUGUUCACUGGAAUUUGGAGGGGGAUCUUCAGACUGGGGCCAUUGCUGGGUACUCACUCUUGUGGCUGCUCAUGUGGGCCAUGACUAUGGUCACUUAG